AUGUCCUGCUCCAGCAUGUGUGUCCCCAGCUGCGGCGUGGCCACCCCGGCCCCUCUGGCUGACACCAGCAACGAGCCCUGCGUGCGGCAGUGCCCCGACUCCACGGUGGUCAUCCAGCCGCCGGCCUCGGUGGUCACCUUCCCCGGGCCCAUCCUCAGCUCCUUCCCGCAGCAGAGCGCCGUGGGCUCGGCCGGAGCUCCCUUCGUGGCAUCCGGCUCCGGGGGCGCCUUUGGAGGCCGUGGGAGCUCUGGGGGCUUUGGGGGCCUUGGGGGCUACGGGGGCCUUGGGGGUUAUGGCGGCUUUGGGGGCUCUGGGAGCUGUGGCCGCGGCUCCCGCUCCUUCGGGGGCUCCUGCGGGCCCUGCUAAACCCCAAAUCCCGCCGGAGCUCAGCGCUGCCCCUGCCCGCGGGCUCCUCCAGCAGCCCCCGCUGCCUGGUGCCCCCUGAGCCGGGCUGAAGCUGCAGCCCCUGCUCAGGGCCGGCCCGGCAGCCCCGGGAGCUGCAGGCUCCCUGUCCCUGCCCGCUGACCCUGCAGAGCCCCGGCCGGCGCCUUGGGGCUCCCCGGCACUGCCUCCUAAAGCUGCCCCCUCUCUGCGCCCCCGGGCAGCUGUGCCCAGCCUCGGCCGAGGCUCUGCCCUGCUCUGCCCAGCCCCGAGCCCGGAGCCGCCCUGGCACGGGGCAAUCUCUGGGCUGCAGCCCGGGCUGGGCCUCGCUGCUGCUGCUGCCGCCGCCGCCUUGGGAUUUUCGCGUUUCCAACGCGCUG